UUCAUUCCAUCCUUGAUCCUUGCGGGAUCCUUGGAAAGUUGGAAUUUUCUUCUCAAUUUUGAAACUCUCCGUUCGUUUCGUUGUGUAAUAAAAUAAAAAAAAAUGUUGUGAUGUUAUCAUUUUUGAUGAGAAAAGUUUAAUUCGAGAAGAACUUUUGUCAGAACGUCUGAAGAAAAGAAAUUGAAGUUGAGUUAAUUAUUAUUUUGUUCGUGAAUUUAAAAAUGCCGGUAACCAAAAACAACAAACUAAUUCAAAUUAUCAAUUACCGUGUCCGUGUUAUCUUACUGGACGGCAGAACGUUCAUCGGAACGUUCAAGGCGUUCGAUAAGUAUAUGAAUAUUAUACUUUCGGAGUGCGAUGAAUAUCGAAAAUAUCGAAAUAAAGGCGAUGCGCCACCCAGAGAAGAGAAACGAGUCCUCGGUUUUGUAUUGUUAAGAGGAGACAGCGUUGUCACCAUCACAACAGAAGGACCGCCGCCACCCGAUGAAAAUCUCCCCAGAUUGCCGUUGCCAGGCUCAAUGCCCGGUCCUGGAGCAGGACAUCCUGCCGGUAGAGGUAUACCUCCAGCUCCUAUGCCGAUGGUCCCAGGUAUGGCCCAUGGAGCCUAUCCAGGCUUAGGUGCGCCGAAUAUGCAAAUGAUGCGCCCAACUUAGUGGAAUUCCAUCAUUGUCUUAAGUCAAUGUAAAAUCAAGUUGUAUGUUUCACGUGGUUAUGUAUUAUAUUUUCUCUCGUAUUCAAUAAAUUUGUAUAUUUUUGAAGUA